AUUUUAUUUCUUCCCCGUAUUCGCACUCUUGCAUCUCCUUCCAUUGUUUGCUGUGUCUUCCUCGCAGAGAGAGAGAGAGCGAGAGAGACAGACAGAGACAGAGGGAGAGAAUGCAGAGGUCUCUCUGGAGACACACCUCGUCCCCUGCCUGUGUCCACGCCAUCGAAAGUUCCGACGAUGGCUCGCGCCGCUCCACCGACGAAGAGCCACGCAAGAAGGUGAACAAGAAGGUAAUGAAGUUACUUCUCCUGCCCUUGAAGCACAGGCAGCGCAUCCCCCAAGCGUUCAGAUCGCUCUCUUGGGGUGCCAAGAAGGAGGACGCCAGCAAGAAGGAUGGGAGUCCUCGUGAGCGUGAGGAGAGCGACGACGCGGAUACGUUCGCGUCCGCGAACAGCUCCGAGCUGCGCUCCUCCUCCAGGGGCAUCGACGACGACUCCCAGGCCCCGUCGUUCCGGCUCAGCGCGCCGCCGAUCUUCCCAACCGGCAGCGUCGAACGCCGCCCUCCCCCGGCCUCUCCCGUGAAGAUCGUCCGAAAGCUUCCGUUCGGGUACGUGAUUGGCCGUCAGCUGGACGCCCCCGCGCUACAGCCGCCGCCAUCUGUGACGACGCUGUCAAGAAAUGUCAAGACGGUGGUGAUGCCAUUGAUGGCUUGGCUGCACCUCCGGUCGAGGUCGCUGGCGCUCAAGAAGAAGGCCGGCCGUGCUUUCAAAAAGGCGUGUCAGCGAGGCAGCAGGCGUGAUGAGCGUGAAGGUGUACAAGAAACCGACGAUGGUUGUUGCGGCAACGACGAUGAAGAUGUGUUCUGGAAGAAGGAUGUGAAGGGACUUCGCUGCAGGCAGGUGCAGGACGACGACGCUCCAUACUGAACGGACGGCGGGGACGUGUCACGUGUGGAUCCAGCGCUUCUAUCGACGACAUUCACCCUUCACAUAUAACACCCACAUAAUUUGUAGGGUGCCGACGAACAAUAGAAAUCUGGAUACAAGGAUGUAUCAAAAAAAAGUAUACUGCAUCCUUCUCUGGUAUUGUGUUAA